AUGAAUUGGCCUCUUAUUUUGUCACUAGUGCUGUUAAUAGCAGCAUCUCCAACAUUCAACGCCUACGAAUCCGCACAAGAAGUGGUUUUCGUUGAAAACUCCCCGCAAUUGCCAGAGGAAUCUUAUAUUGACCAACUAUAUGGGGAAGUGGUGCUGACACCAGAAUCUGAAGCUCUCAAAUUGCAACUACUUUCUGAAGGAUUGGAUGAACCACAAAAAUUGGUUUCCUACUUUGUGGAUGAAACACAAUUGGUUGGGUCGCCAUGGCAGAUUGCUCUGGCACUACAAUCAAUCACCGAGAAUCACGAUAAGGCCAAACGGCAAAGGGCCCAUGAUGGAUAUUUGAAAAUACGCCUGAAGCUCCGACUUCCAUCUGAUGACGACACUGAAGACCUUUCAGAAGUGUCUUUUCUCGGAGGAAUCAUCACUUUCGGCCAUUUUGAGUCCUUCAAUUGCUUCGACCCAAAUUUGUUCGAGAAACCUAUUGAUGUGGCCAUUGUUGGCGCUCCUUUCGAUACUGGAACCUCCUACAGACCCGGCGCAAGAUUUGGACCCGAGGCUAUCCGUCUGGGAGCUCGUAGGUUGGGACAAGGAUACACUCCAGUUAGAGGUAAUGGACCAGAUUCCAAACUCGGAAAAAUUGACCCUUAUGACCCUACUAAUCACAACUUCACGAUUAUUGACUGCGGUGAUGUUCCAAUGACUCCUUUUGAUAAUCGGGUGGCUUUAAAUCAGUUGUACAGAGGACAGAGGGCUAUCCACAACCAUACAGUCAGUGGAAAAGCAUCACUGAUUGAACAUACUAAGGUGAUUACCAUGGGUGGAGACCACACAGUAACACUUAUGGCAUUGAGAUCUGCUUACGAAAAGUUUGGAAAGCUUGCAGUAUUGCAUUUCGAUAGCCAUAUUGAUACAUGGGAUCCCAAGGUUUUGGGAGGAGGAAUCUCGGACUACAUGUCAUUGAAUCACGGUACCUUUUUGCAUUACGCAGCAGAAAAAGGAUAUUUGGCUAAGGAUCACUGCUUUCAUUUGGGCUUGCGUGCUCCUUACAUUAGUGCUGAAUAUGACAUUAAGCACGACAGAGAAUGUGGUUUUCAGACCAUUACUGCCAGAGAUUUGGACAGAUUAGGUAAACAGGCGAUAAUCGACAAGGUUAAGGAGUCUGUCGGAAAUAUGCCCGUAUACAUUUCUGUGGAUAUUGACGUAUUGGAUCCGGCCAAUGCUCCAGGAACUGGCACCAUGGAAAUUGGAGGAUGGACAGGACGAGAAUUGCUCUCAGUUUUGGAUGGUUUGGAAGGCAUCAACCUUGUUGGUGGAGACGUUGUUGAAGUGAGUCCACCUUUUGACUCCAAUAGUGAGAUCACCAGUCUUGCAGCCACGGCCGUGAUUGAUCUGAUGUUAGGAUUGAUUAUUGUUCAAGAUUUCUAA